ACUGUGAACGCAUCCGAUUUAUACACUUAUACAUUCAUUCAAGCGCACACCGAAUUGUAGAACUUAAGUAAAGAAGUUUCGUGAAUUUCAAUUUACUUUAUAACUUAAGGGAUUUAAGUAUACUUGGUCCCAAUUAAAACAUCUUAAAAUAAUGACAGACGUUACGAAAAAGAUUAAAUUUUUGUGGUGACUUAUAAGUUAAAAGUAAAAGUCAACAUAACCUCAAUUGAGCAGCCAUGGGUCUCGGCGAAGCCAGCGUUGUCCAGGAAUACAAAGACUCCUUGAAGCAGAAAGCUGAGCACUUAAUUAUAAAAGGAUUUCCAGAAAAGAUAGUGCUGUUAAAUGAGCUGUUAGAAACGUCAAACUUUCAAAAUCGUGAUUUAGCAGAUGUCCAUCAGGACUUAAACAUUCCAGUUCCACAGCCAAUAACAUUGAAUGAGCCAAAUGCAAAGCGUGCAAGAGUAGAUUCAUCUGACAAUUCCAGCAAUUCCACAAUAGAUGGCACAAAAGUGUUUGCCUUGCCAAAUGGAACUGUACCUUGCAAUAAACCACUCAGCGACCUUAUCCAUUUAGUUAAGCCACACAUCAGAGAACUGGUCGAGGAUUCUAAUUUGCUGAAAAUGUGGAUUUCAUUUAUGAUUCCAAAAAUAGAAGAUGGCAAUAACUUUGGUGUGUCAAUACAAGAGGAUACGCUGGCUGAAAUUCAAUCUGUAGAGUCGGAGGCAGCUGCAUUCUUUGACCAAAUCUCUAGAUACUUCAUUUCAAGAGCAAAGAUUGUUUCCAAAGUCGCUAAAUACCCACAUAUUGAAGAUUACAGACGAGCAGUCAGAGAAUUAGAUGAGAAAGAAUAUUUGUCACUUUGGCUUGUGAUGUGCGAGAUCCGCAACCGCUACUGCUCCUUGCACGACAUCGUCAUCAAGAACUUGGAGAAGAUCAAGAAACCACGUUCAUCGAAUGCCGAAUCACUUUAUUAGCCAGUAAAUCUCAAUUAGUACUAUUGCCACAAGGUUUCCUUGUUAUUUAAGUAUAAAAAACAACAUUUUUGUUUCCCAAUCACGAAUUGUACAUAAUUACUAAGAAGUAUUCCACAUUUUAAGCACAAUUGGUCUUUUCGAGAUCUGUUGCUGAAUUUUGACAGUUUGAAAUAGUGUUGUUGAUGAAAGCCAAUGUAAUGUUAUUUAACUAUAAUGAAAGCCAUUUCUAAGCAUUAGACAUUUAUGAUACAUUAUCCAUACCAAUGUUCUUUCUACCCUCAUGUAGUUUAAUUCUAUCAAACUACCCUCACAACAUUUUUAUCAUAACAUUAAGUGCUGUGCUCUUCAAUGGUGAAUUUCGGUUAAGAUCUACCCUACCAUUUUUAGGUUAUAUUUUUUGAAUUCAAACGGUUUCUUAACAGAAAGAUUUGCACUUGUUACAAUAUCUAGACGUGUUUAAUUAUUUUCACAGAAUAAAAGCAUUAAAAUGUAUAAUUCCGAUUUUGAACACCGUUUACCCAAAAUGUCGUCUGUCAAGAUCUUAAUUUAAGCGUAAUAUAGAUUGAAAAAAAAAAUCGUUUAUAUUCUGUAAGUUAAAUAGUUUAAUUUAUUGACACAUGAGAAAUUUCUGUUUGAAGUGCCUGAAUAUAAUAAGUUCCAAUAAGGAUGGAUGUUGUGUAAUCUAUCCUUGUAUUUCAAUGGAUUGGCUGUAUUCGGCGAAUUAUAUAAAAAACUGAUUCAAUACCCAAUUUAAUAAUAAAUGCAUUUGUAUAAA